AUGAUCAUUGUGCAGAAUCUCCACACUGGAGUCGUGGACGGGCACUGGGACGGCAUCUCUCAUGCCAGCCUCGAGAAGAUGCUGGGGAACAAGUGGAAAUUUGAGUCCAUUCGACUGAACCCAAAAGGAGGUGGACACAGGGGGCUUGCCCUCAUCAUAGUCGAGAAAAGUGUGGCUGGCUACAACCGCGCCAAGGAAAUGGCUGCUUUCUUCUCAGAAAAGGGUCAAGGGCGGGCAGACUGGGAACGGCUGCGCCCCAAGCUUGAAGUGAACGGAAGGAGGUUCCUCUGCAAAUCCGAGGGGACGUUGCAGAGGAAGCUGCCGGCUGGGCCAAGCACACGGAGGGCCUUGUGGAGGAGGACGGCACGCGGCGGCUGUUCUGUUUCCUCUCCCAAGCAGCUGACCUUCAAGAGCGAGGCUUGUUCCCACAGACAAAAAGAGGCGUGA